GCUUGUGCGCGGAGCCCGCGGUGGAGGCUUGUUUUUUAUCUGUUCCUCUCAAAAUCUAAUAAGCAAGAUGUCUACUAAUGAGAAUGCCAAUGUAGCAGCAGCUCGCUUGAACAGAUUCAAGAACAAAGGAAAGGAUACUACAGAAAUGAGAAGGCGGCGUAUUGAAGUCAAUGUAGAGCUGAGGAAAGCUAAGAAAGAUGACCAGAUGCUUAAAAGAAGAAAUGUUAGCACUUUACCAGAUGAUGCUACUUCUCCCCUUCAGGAAAAUAGGAGCAAUCAGGUUGCAGCACACUGGUCAGUUGAAGAAAUAGUCAAAGGAGUUAAUAGUAACAAUAUGGAGCUUCAGCUGCAGGCUACUCAAGCUGCCAGGAAACUCCUCUCAAGAGAAAAGCAGCCCCCCAUAGACAACAUAAUUCGGGCUGGUUUGAUUCCAAAGUUUGUCUCCUUCUUGGGUAGAGCAGACUGUAGUCCAAUUCAGUUUGAAUCUGCCUGGGCGCUUACCAACAUUGCUUCUGGCACAUCAGAACAAACAAAGGCGGUAGUAGAUGGAGGGGCUAUUCCAGCCUUUAUUUCACUACUGGCCUCUCCCCAUACUCACAUCAGUGAACAGGCUGUGUGGGCAUUAGGAAAUAUUGCAGGGGAUGGUUCUACCUAUAGAGAUCUGGUUAUUAAAUUUGGUGCAAUUGAGCCGCUGCUGAGUCUACUAGCUGUUCCUGAUCUCUCUUCUCUGGCUUCUGGAUAUUUACGCAACGUUACCUGGACCCUCUCAAACUUGUGUCGUAAUAAGAAUCCUGCGCCACCCAUAGAAGCUAUUGAGCAGAUUCUUCCAACCCUUGUUCGGCUCUUGCACCAUGAUGAUCAUGAAGUGUUAGCAGACACGUGCUGGGCACUUUCCUAUCUAACAGAUGGUUCCAAUGACAGGAUAGAAGUUGUAGUGAAAACUGGAUUGGUGCCACAACUAGUGAAACUCCUGGGUUGUAGUGAACUGCCAAUAAUGACUCCUUCAUUAAGAGCCAUAGGAAAUAUUGUCACUGGUACUGAUGAGCAGACGCAGAUUGUUAUUGACUCGGGAGCACUAUCUGUCUUUCCAAGUCUCCUUUCUCAUCAUAAAAACAACAUUCAGAAAGAAGCAGCAUGGACAAUGUCCAACAUCACUGCUGGACGACAGGACCAGAUUCAGCGAGUUGUAGACCAUGGUCUUGUACCUUAUCUCAUUGGUAUUCUGAGGAAGGGGGAUUUCAAAUCUCAAAAGGAAGCUGUGUGGGCUGUGACUAACUACACAAGUGGUGGAACAAUUGACCAGAUCGUGUAUCUCGUUCAGGCUGGUGUUGUCGAACCCCUACUGAAUCUCCUCUCAGCUAAAGACAGCAAAACUGUUUUAGUUAUUCUGGAUGCUAUUUCUAAUAUCUUCUUGGCUGCCGAGAAGAUUAAUGAGACUGAAAAACUUUGCCUCAUGAUUGAGGAGUGUGGAGGACUAGACAAAAUUGAAGCUCUUCAGUCGCAUGAAAAUGAACAAGUGUACAAAGCGUCAUCCACCCUGAUUGAGAAAUAUUUCUCAGCAGAAGAGGAGGAAGACCAAAAUGUUGUACCAGAAUCUACUGCUGCCAGCUACACUUUCCAAAUUCAGGGCAAUGCUCCAGAUACUUUCAACUUCUAGGUCUUGCAUAUGCUGCAACCACCUACAAGUUGUUUGGCACACAAAUGACUGCCACCUCUUUGUCUUAACAGUUCCUCUUGUUUUUUUAACUGUGUUUUUUAUGUGACCUGUAGCACUUUGUUCAACUGAAACAUACUUGAACAGUUCAAAACUGUACAUAUUAUGUGAAUUUCUAACUGUAAACUUCAUUCUUUCUGAGAGAUAAUUGUAAAUACUUGUUCUCUUUCUGGCUCUUACUGUCCCUGUCAGGCCAUACGAAUGCAAGUGGGCAAUACAGGCUUCUCACAAAGCAUGAGCCACUACUCUGCAGACCUCUUCAGAACCUAUCACAUGCUACAUAACCUAUUGCUGUAAUCAAUACACUGAGUAGGCUUUUAAAGAGGAUUUAUGUUUGAAGUUAAAUAAAGUGAUAUCAAUAC